CGCACCUCGCGGAAAAUAUGCGCACUAUUCAAGUUACGGUAUCACUCCGUGACGUGUGCCUGUGUGUUCCUUAAAAAUUAUAUUUGUAAAUAUAUUUUUAAUAAGUUAAAUUAGUAAAUUAGUAUAUCACACGAGAUGUCGGAAGAGCUCAAGCUAGAUCACCGAGCCAAAAAACGUAUUAAAGAAGUGAAGCGAAAAGCUAGACCAGAACUUGGCGACAAAAUCGCCUGGUCGCAGCAUGGUUAUCAUAAAAAGUUUGCUACCUUUUGGGAAUUUACUGAUAAUGUUGAUCGUAUUGAUGAGAGGUCGGUGACUCCGGCCGAGUUUAUUGAAAAGUAUGAAAAGCCUUACAAACCUGUAGUGAUACGAGAAACUCAGUGUGAUUGGAAAGCCCAACACAAAUGGACUGUUGAGAGGCUUACAAAGAAAUAUCGGAAUCAGAAAUUCAAAUGCGGAGAAGACAAUGAAGGGUACAGUGUGAAAAUGAAGAUGAAAUACUAUGUCCGAUACAUGUUGAAUAACGAAGAUGACUCGCCACUCUAUAUCUUUGAUAGUUCAUUUGGAGAACAUCCACGGCGUAGAAAAUUACUAGAAGAUUACUCAAUACCAUUAUAUUUCCAAGACGACCUUUUCCAGCAUGCCGGAGAGCAUCGACGACCACCUUAUCGAUGGUUUGUUAUGGGACCUGCGAGAUCAGGCACUGGUAUCCACAUAGAUCCUCUGGGGACUAGUGCUUGGAACGCCUUAAUUUCAGGCCACAAACGGUGGUGUCUAUUUCCCACUCACACUCCUCGUGAACUUCUUAAAGUUAGCGCAAUGGAAGGUGGGAAGCAAAGGGAUGAAGCUAUCACCUGGUUUGCUACCAUUUAUCCACGAACCAAACUACCCACGUGGCCAAAAGAUUGCCAACCGACUGAAAUAUUACAAGGGCCAGGAGAUACUGUAUUUGUUCCAGGCGGAUGGUGGCACGUAGUAUUGAACCUUGACAAUACAAUAGCAGUAACACAAAAUUUUUGCUCUCGAACAAACUUCCCCAUCGUAUGGCAUAAGACGGUAAGAGGGAGACCUAAACUUUCACGCAAAUGGCAAAGAGUACUUCGUGUAAAAGAACCAGACUUAGGAGCAUUAGCUGAUACUAUUGAUAUAAAAGAAGAUACAGGAGUAGCGAGUGAUUCUUCAAGUGGAUCUUCUAGUAGUUCUUCUAGCAGUAGUAGCAGUAGCCAAUCGGAAGACAGUGCUGAUGAUAGUGGCCAAGAAUCACUUACCGCACACAAAAAAAAGAAGCGAAGAAAACUAAACAGCUGCCAACCCUGACAAUAUCGUAUCCUUGGGACCUCCAGAGACCUCAGACUGUACAGUAUUAUACAGCAAUUAUUGUUUGUACCAAGAGUAAAUAUUGUAAUUAAUACUACCAUAUCCCUGUUCAUAAUAAAAUAAAUGCUAGAUAAUACCAAAA